GGAAGUUAGGUGGCUCGGCGCCACCAGCAACCGAUUGAGGCGCCACAGAAAUGGAGCUCAAGAUUCCAGUUCAGGCAGUUGUGAGGGAAUCGGCUCCGAUCGGGCGGUACGAAUUACCCCAGCGUAGUAAGGCGUACUUACCUAGACAGGCCGGCGUUGGGGGCGUUUGUCGUGCGAUAUUCCGAUGUGUCUUUUCUCCGCCCUUGGAUCUCGCGGUCUAAGGCCCAGUCGUUGGAUUCCAAGCUCAAGUUCAAGCCUCAAGGCUGCAAUCUGGUAUUCCCAAUCUCCUGCGUCUCGUGCAUCUGUGUCAUUCCGACUUGUUGGGCACCCGAGGCAGCAACCGCAUCGUUCUCUCACCAUGAACGCACAGGAGCUCAGCCAAUAUCUGGCCGAUGCCCCGCCCUCAGUCGUGAGACUCGAGAUCGAGAAGCACUUCACUGCCCUGUCCGACAAGCAGAAGCGCUACGCCCACUUUAUUAGCAAAGCCUCGUUUGCUGGCACCAGGGUCGUGCUGCGACAAGUCUCGCCCGAAUCCGAGUCCAUCUAUGACUUCAUCAUCGCAUUGCACAAAAGUGCUGGCGGUGACUGGAAGGCGCUUGCGCAAAGGGCCGGCGUCGACGAGCAGGGCCUCACCUCGUUCCUCCAAUACGCAGCUCAGUUCCUAGGCAACAAUGGCAACUAUAAGAGCUUUGGCGAUUCCAAGUUCGUGCCUCGCUGCGAUGAGUCUGUCUUCGCUUCCCUCGCUUCAGUCUCUCCCGAGGCUGAGAAGCAUUACAAGGCCACCAAGGGCGCCAUCUUCUCAACUGACAACCCCGGCCUCCUCCAUCUCGGCUUCCCCGAUGAGGGCCACCUGACAACUUACUACCCCGACUCCCCCGAUAUUACCAAAGACGAGAUUGGUGUCGUCGCCAACUGGAUGCAGGAUAAGGGCCUCCUGCCGGAAAAUACCAGGUUGCGCAAGACUAAUGAAGGUGUCUUUGAGUUGUUGAUUGCUUCUGCCGCAAAGAGCGUUCCCAGCGAAGGGGGCGAUAUCGGGAAGGAAACCAAGUAUGUCGUUGGCGACGGCCCGCUGGCCGGGAAGACUAUCCAACUGGUCUACGGCGACUAUGCACAAGAGAUGGGUACUAUCGCCGGCUACAUCAAAAAAGCGGCCGAAAACGCAGAGAACGAGACACAGGAGAAGAUGCAUCUCGCAUAUGCCAAGUCGUUUGACGAGGGCUCGCUCCUGGCCUUCAAGGACAGCCAGCGGUUCUGGAUCCGCGACCAGGGCCCAAUGGUGGAAUGCAACAUUGGAUUUAUCGAGACGUACCGCGAUCCCGCCGGCGUUCGUGGGGAGUGGGAAGGGUUUGCUGCAGUUGUCAAUUUGGACCGAACCAAAGCCUUUGGGGAGCUUGUACGUGCUGCUCCGGAUCUAAUCCCCUUGCUGCCAUGGUCGAAGGAGUUCGAAAAGGAUAAAUUCCUAUCCCCCGAUUUCACCUCGCUAGAGGUUCUAACAUUUUGCGGUUCCGGAAUUCCCGCCGGCAUUAACAUCCCGAACUACGAUGACAUCCGGCAGCAGGAGGGUUUCAAAAACGUCAGCCUGGGUAACGUCUUGAGCGCGAAGGCCCCGGACGAGAAGAUCCCAUUUAUUGCUGAGGAGGAUCUCGCUUUGUAUCAAAAGUACCGUGACGCCGCCUUUGAAGUGCAGGUCGGCCUUCACGAGCUCACCGGCCAUGGAUGCGGCAAGCUCCUUCAGGAGACUUCACCUGGUGAAUUCAACUUUGACAUUUCUAACCCACCAAUCAGCCCUGUGACCGGGAAGCCCAUCACAACGUGGUACAAGCCUGGGCAAACAUGGGGCUCCGUGUUUGGCGGCCUUGCUGGCGCGUAUGAGGAAUGUCGAGCUGAGCUCGUGGCCAUGCAUCUGAGCUGUGAGUUCUCGGCUCUGAAGAUUUUUGGUUUCGGUGACGGCACGACCGAUAUCGACGGCGAGGCGGGCGACGUACUUUACGCCUCCUACCUGAGCAUGGCGAGGGCAGGAUUGACCUCGAUCGAGUUCUGGGAUCCAAAGAGCCAGAAGUGGGGACAGCCUCAUUGCCAGGCUCGCUUUGCUAUCCUCAAGUCGUUCCUCGAGGCCGGGGACGAUUUCUGCAAGCUUGAAUACAAGCAAGAGGACCUGUCCGACCUGACAAUUAGGCUUGAUCGGUCCAAGAUCUUGACGAGCGGCAGAAAAGCCGUCGGGGACUUCCUUCAGAAGCUCCACGUCUACAAGUCUACUGCCGACGUGGAGACGGGCUCGAAGUUCUUCACGGACAUGUCCACCGUUGGGAUGGACUACUGGGGCACCAAGGUGCGGAACGUGGUGCUCAAAAACAAGCAGCCGAGGAAGGUGUUUGUACAGGCAAAUACCUACUUGGACGAGGCUACCGGCCAGGUCACGCUCAAGCAGUACGAGCCUAGUCUUGAGGGCAUGAUUCAGAGCUGGGCCGAGAGGGAGUUGUGACUGCCCUUGCCACGACGGCAGCGGCUGCCGGUGACCUCUUCUCGCUAUCGGUCGGCACUCUGAGCUGUCACGCUGAAAAUGGGUGACCGCUCGUCAGGUGCAGGUGUUACAAGAGGACGAAUCGUACCUGCUGUUAGCGCAAUCAGCAAAGAUCUUGCAUGUGGAAAUACCCUGCCGACUAU